UUAGUAUUGGCCACAGCCAUUUUCUCUACUCGAAGCUGCCAACCGGAAAAGUGUAAACGGCGCGAACAACCCUGUAAAUGGAAACAUCGGUCACCUCGUCGAUGCCCAGUUUCGACGAUUGGGAUCGUCCUUUCACCGAUGUUGAACUCAUUGAAAUCGAGGCUGCAUUUCAAUCUGCCGCCACGAAGCAACACGAUCCCGUCAAGUCCUCCGACCACGAUGUGGACGAUGAUGGUAGUGCCGACAAAAACUGCUCCCGGAGACUGCCCGCCUCACUGUUUUCAAAUUCACUUUAUGUGUCUCCUUUCCAUAGACGUCGCUUUAAGAAUAAAUCUAAAAGGUUGCCAGAAUUAGCCUUCCGAGGGCGUGUUGUGUACAGCAGAACUUCAGUUGAGGCCGAAAAGUCUGCAGCAGAGCUUUUAAGUUUUAUUGAAACCAAAAGGAAAGUAGGAGUGGUUGCUCUUGGACUUGACAUGGAAUGGAAGCCCAGUUUCAAAAGAGGUGUUGCCCCUGGGAAAGCAGCUGUUUUGCAGAUAUGUGGGGAAAUGAGUCAUUGCUAUGUAUUCCAUAUAUGCCAUUCUGGAAUCCCACAAAAUCUGCAGGAACUUCUUGAGAGUUCAUCCGUCGUGAAGGUGGGCUCAAACAUUGCAAAUGAUGCCCGCAAAUUGUUCCUAGAUCAUAAUGUAUCUAUUACAAAUUUGGAAGAUCUAUCUGCACUAGCCAAUCUAAAGCUUGGUGUGGAUCCCAAAAGUUGGGGUCUAGCUUCAUUGACUGAAUCACUCCUUUGCAAAGAGCUCCCUAAGCCAAGCCAUCUCAGAUUGGGAAAUUGGGAGACUCGAGUUUUAUCCAAAGAGCACUUAUGUUAUGCUGCCACAGAUGCUUUUGUUUCAUGGCACCUAUAUCAGGUGUUGAAAAGCCUUCCCGAUGUCGUUGAUGAUAGAAGCAAUGAACCAAAGCACGUUGAUAGAGAGUGAGUUUGUUUUCCAACCAUUUGGUCCGGUCCAACCAGCUCUCUCGGUGCUAUUAUUAUGUAAUCAAUUGCAAAACCAAUCUUUUCUUGUGAAGAGGCACAAUGAAGGUACUUAUUGCGUACUAAUACACCCUGAAUCGUAUAUUGUGGAGGGAGUGGCAUCAGUUGAUUAGUUCUUACAUAUUUUUUUGGUUUAUUAUGUUAUAAGAGAUGGAGUCCCUUUUGUUUGGUUCCCAAAAAGUUUCUCUUUUGAAACCAAUGCUUAUGAUCAGAAGCCUUGUUUAAGGGCGAUCUUAAGCGGGAGGUUUAGUUUGAUACGGCUGAGUUCCCCAUUUCAACACCAUGCAAGAUGUUGGGCAUUCAAAUUGAUACAGACAAAUUCCCCUUUACAGAUACGUUCACCAGAUAAGUUAUUGUCAGAAGUGUUGGAGGAAUUCAAAUUGAUCUUGGGCAUCUUCAAAAUGUCCAGCGGCAUUGGAUGAUCUUGCACAGUAGAGCUACAGAAGAUUGAAACAUGUCAUCCAUUAACUAACUCUAUUAUUGUACUUCAUGUUUAAUUUUUUUUGGAUGUUGAAAGAUUGCUAUUUGAAGUUAAUGUUUUUUUCCUUUUCUUGGGGAACUGUGCUGGUUCACUGGAUUUACUUUGGCAUCGUUGGAUAAGCCACAUUAUUUGGUUGAUACUUGAUAGCCAUGUUUUUGUCAAAAGUGAAUAUGUUUGUAGCAUUGUUUAUGUCUUUAUGAAGUGCAGAUUUUGGA